GCCACUAGUUUACAGUGGAAUGUCAGAGAGUUCAAACGGAUGCAUGCAUUGUACGACUGAGCAAAUUCAUGAGGUGUUGUACCUUGAUUACAAAAUAGGUGAAGCACAUAAUCAUGCAGAGAUUUUACAAGCGAAAACUGUACUACCUGAGGUUACAAAAAAUGAGGAAGUCACCAAAAAUGCUGAUGUCAUGGUGCCUGUAACGAUGGUUUCUCAGACUUCUCAGCAAGCAAGUUGUACUCAUCCUAGUAUUAGCAAGUCUAUUGUGGUAGAUGUUGAAGACCAAACAGAACUGCUAAAAACUCAAACGAUCAAUCUGGAUAUUGGACUUUGUUCAGCCGAGAAGGAUGAAUCAAAUUCUGGCAGCACCCUGCGUAACCAAGCUUUAGAAAAGAAAGUUGUGAAGGUUGAAGAAGCUUCAAGCACACUGCCGCAUCCAAAGUCUUCUCGUGAUUGUGUAUUUGGAAAAACAAGCAAACAACCAUCUCCAAAUCCAGAGGAAAAAGAUUUUGUUUUCGGUGACUUUGGUGAGUACAGAUUCAAGGAUCAACAUGAGGAGUGAAACUCCUUUGAAUAUGUAGA